AUGAAUAAUCUCGCCUUCAAGAAAGAGGAUCUUGAAAUCGAUCGCGAAGGAAUCGAUAGAUCUGGCCUUGCCUGGGGUCCUGAGCUUCCCUUGGAUCAAUCUCAAAUAAUGGCCCAAAAUGCUUCUCAUCCUAUCUUCACUGGACCUGUAUCUGCAAUAGGUGUGACUACGGACGAAGCCUCUCAGCGCAGUGAUACGCAAGGUGGUAUCGCAUCCGAAAAAGCUAAUGGCCGUGACCUCUGUGCUUCCUCGCCGGCGAACUCACGCAGAUCCGACAGUCAGAAUGUCCUCAAGCGUACUACUGGGUACGUCGGAAUUGACGAUGAUGACAACGGUGACGACGAUGAUGGUGACGACGAGGGUGGGCCAAUUCGAAGCAGUCAUGAAAGAGUCAAGAGGCAAAGACAAGCAUUCAGAACACCGCAGGGUGUACAGGAGAGCAGUGAUAUCAGGAUUGGCCACCACAGUGCAGAACCUCUGAUUACAAUCUUUGCAAAGUUCAAGAAAGAAACUUCUGGCAGAACAAUGACGCACAUAUAUUCGCGCAAGUCUACCAUGGUUUUCCCAAGUGGAAGAUCAUGGUCGGACUAUGUUCACAAAAACGGCCAAGUCAACCCUGCGGAUGUAACACUAGACCCCGAAUUGUUUCCCCACCACAUGAGUGAGCUUCCACACGUGAAAACUGAACAAAAGCGCCAGAUUAUUGCAGAAUACUUGUAUGGCAUCUUAGGUGAGGGACAGCCUGCCAGCAAUGUUGAAGCUCCGACGCCAUGCCCAAAGUUCCAAGUUGAGCCACCGAGAUAUGAGCAGCGUCCUCCAUUCAUUGUCGGUUUCCACAAGGAUCACCCAGCAGUGCCUGUUCGUGCACAGCUUAGGAUACAGUCCGGCAGUCGUGCUGUUGCUCUGCUUUUCAAACUUAAGGAUGAAGAAGUCAAGAACAGCCACCUCCGUCUCCCAAAGCUUUCAGUCCAAGAUACGCAAGUCAAGUUCAACCCCGAAUUUGCCAGGACUACUAUUGAAGAGACGAGGGCUGAGAUAUUGGCUCGAUUUCUUGCAAGGGACAAUGAAAACCAGGACCAGGAAGUACCUGCUACACCUGGCAAGCACACACCACGUCGAAGACAAAGCAAAGUCCUUACUCCGAGGGCUCACUCCAGCAAGACCACACCAACUCGCCCUAGACUUGAGCUUCCCACCGGAACCGACGAGAGUGUUGAUGAAUGUCUGGAAUCACUUCAGGUCACUGGCCAGCAUUUCCUUACUACGGCAUUUGAGUAUGGCCAGAAGCUGAAGAGACGAGAGAUAGCUUAUGCUGAAAAAGAAAACCUCCUCGAAGAUCAGAUCGCACUUGGUGUCCAAGCAGCAUUGAUGGGUAAGGAAGACGUUGCAAAAGCAUUACAAACACAAGUCGAGCAGCUCGAAAAGGCCAAGGCUGAGGACCAUGACAGAAUGCAAAAGCAAAUCGAACAGCUCACAGCUCAACUUGAAGAGGCACGCAAGCAGUCUAACAACAGUACCUAUGUAAAAGUUUCCAAUUUACAAUCCGUCACUCCCAAUCCAGCAUCAGGCUCUCUCUUCCUCGAUCUUAAAGGCAAGAUGUUCUCCCAAGCCUACACCAAGAUCCCAGACGACCAUCCAAACACAGGCUGGUACUGGCAGAACCACAACGAUACCAUCGUGCACCACGAAGGCCCCUUACAAGGAAAGAAGUUCACUCGUAACCAAGUCCUACAGCCUAUCGUCGGCAUUACUGUUCCUGGUAGGCUGAAAGACACUGCUCUUCGCUGUGGAGGUAUCGAGUAUCUACACUACGAGGAGAAUGGUAUUGCAAAGCUUGUGCAGAACUCCGAGUCCGUGGUACAGCAUGAGGGCCAGUACUAUGUUUGCUGGACCUAUCUGCGUGAGGUUCAGGAUUUCAAGUUUUGA